AUGGACCUUUCCAGACCCAUGUGCAGACUCUGGAGGGAACUGGUCCUUGUGGCCAGUCUCCUGGCCUGUGGGAUCUACCAGGCCUCCAGCCAAAUGUACAUCGCCCCAGACUCACUCAUAGGAGUAGAAACAUAUUCAAGCCGCCUGGUCAUCGAGAACGCCCCUGAGGACACUCAGGAGUAUAGCUGGCAUCGGGGGCCAGAUGACACUGAAGGAAAUAUGAUUCUCAGCUACAACACCACAUCUCAUUCCCAGCAGUAUGGGCCCAUGUACAGUGGCCGGGAAAGGGUGUCCAGUACAGGUACCCUGCAGAUCAGGAGGUUGCAAUUAAAUGACGUGGGAAACUACACCAUGAGGCUGGACACCAUCAACGGGAUCCAGAGAGCAACUGGCUGGCUCAGGAUUCGAGAGUUGCAAAUACCGCAAAUCUCGGUCAACACCACCUCUGCAGUAGAAGACGUGGAUUCCGUGGCGGCCACCUGCUACACCAAUGACAGCCACAUCAAGUGGUAUGUGAAUUAUGUACAGGUGUCCAGCAAUAACCGGAUGACCAUCUUGCCGGACAACAAGACCCUCAUCAUCCAAAGGUUUGGCCGCUUCGACUCCCCACUUCAGUGUGGGAUUGAAAUUCUCCCACCAGAGAUUAUUCAGAAAAGUGAACUGAUCUCUGUGACAGUGGCCUAUGGGCCCUACGACAUGCUACUUAGGACCUCUCCCACUGACUUCAGUGGAGUCCUGUGUGCUGAGAUCGGUUCCCAGGUGGAGAUGGAGUGUAUUGCCUAUUCCAUACCAGAAUCCAAGUACCGCUGGCUCCACAACGGCUCUCUCCUGAGCUUCUCAGAGAAAAACAUUACCCUCCCGAGUCUGACCUGGGACCAGAUGGGUAGAUACAGAUGCACCGUGGAGAACGCCAUCACCCAACUGACCUUGUAUGAUGAAGUACAGGUCCAGGUGCCUUAUCCCCUGGGCUGCUUUAAGAUGGGGAAAGGGGAAAGAUGCCAGGGGAGGUGGGCAUCCGACUGUUUUGCGCAGAAGUUUCACCAUCUCAGGAUCCUCGGUGGUAUUUCUCAUCAUAGUGACAAUUCUGGGCUGUGUCCAGUUCUAUCCUCCCAGCCCCCCUUGGAGAAUAUGAAGAGUCACAGCUCCCCAGAGGCAACAACCACCUUCACCCUCAGUUUAGACAACCAAAAGCAUUACACUGGUCCCAUGGGGGCCAAAAUUGCCCUGGGUGAGGACCACGGGAGCAGAUGUGAAAAACGGCAGUGUCACGGAGAGGAUGGCGAUGGUGGUUACGACAAUGAUAGUGGAGGGAAUCGUAAGAACAGUGGUGAUACUGGUCAUCGUGUUUACGAACAGCGGUGA